AGGAGAGGAACAUGAAGAACUUCAGGAGAGGAACUCGGAGUCUCUGUGAGCUCAGAGCCUUUCUGUGAUGAGAGGAUUAUAAACAGUUACUGUACCACAGUGAACUUCCUGACCUGAUGACCAGAGGCUUUUCAGUUAGAAGAUGGAAACGUCCACCUCAGCUCACGCCGGUCCUGCCCAGACCAGCAUGACCGCUCAGACAGGAGGAACUGUCUGCGCUCCUGUUCUCCAUGGAAACAAUAUUCAAGGCUCAGUGACUGUGACCAUUAUUCAGGGAGGUCAGGAAGUUUCCAGUUCCAGCACCAGUACAGUUCAGGCUGGAGGUUCUCCUGGUGCUCCUACUCUCACUGAAGGUUUGGUCACCGCAUAUAAACGAAAACUGAGGAAGAAGUUUCGCAGCAUUAAUGAAGGAAUCUCUCAGCAUGGAAGAUCAAUCCUUUUGAAUGAGAUCUACACAGAGCUCUACAUUACAGAGGGAGGGAGUGGAGAGGUCAAUGAUGAACAUGAGGUCAGACAGAUUGAGGCAGCAUCCAGGAGACCAGCAACACAGGAGAAACCCAUCAAAUGCAGUGACCUCUUUAAAGACAGACCCAUCAGAACUGUGCUGACUAAAGGAGUCGCUGGAAUUGGAAAAACAGUCUCAGUGCAGAAGUUCAUUCUGGACUGGGCUGAAGGAAAAGCAAACCAGGACGUCCUCUUCAUAUUUCCUCUUCCUUUUAGAGAACUGAACUUGAUAAAGAAAAGGUUCAGUCUGAUGGAGCUUCUUCAUCACAUUUUCCCAGAAACAAAACAAUUAAGAUCAAUACAAAGUGAUGAUUACAAAGUCAUGUUCAUCUUUGAUGGUCUGGACGAGUGUCGACUUCCUCUAGAUUUCCAGAACAAUGAGAGCUUGUGGGAUGUAACAGAUUCAGCCUCAGUGGAUGUGCUGCUGACAAACCUCAUCAAGGGGAACCUGCUUCCCUCGGCUCUCCUCUGGAUAACCUCUCGACCAGCAGCAGCCAAUCAGAUCCCUCCUGAGUGUGUUGACCUGGUAACAGAGAUACGAGGGUUCAGUGACCCUCAGAAAGAGGAAUACUUCAGGAAGAGAAUCAGUGACCAGAGCCUGGCCAAUAAAAUCAUCUCACACAUGAGGUCCUCAAGAAGCCUCUACAUCAUGUGCCACAUCCCAGUCUUCUGCUGGAUUGCAGCCACUGUUCUAGAGAGAGUGUUGGGUGGAGCAGAGAGUGGAGAGAUCCCCAAGACUCUGACUCAGAUGUUCACCAACUUCCUAAUCUUUCAGAUCAAACACAAGGACCAAAAGUACCAUGGUAAAUAUGACACUGAUCUUCAGCAGACCAAAGAGAUGAUUCUGGCCCUGGGAAAACUGGCUUUCCAACAGCUGGAAAAGGGCAAUCUGAUCUUCUAUGAGGAAGACCUGAGAGACUGUGGCAUUGAUGUCAAACUAGUGUCAGUAUACUCAGGAGUUUGUACCCAGAUCUUCAGAGAGGAGUUUGGGCUACACCUGGGGAAGGUGUUCUGUUUUGUCCACCUGAGUUUUCAGGAGUUUCUGGCUGCUUUAUAUGCAUCUCUGUCCUUCAUCAGCAGAGAUGAAACAAAACAGCUGACCACUGAUCUCUCUGGUAUUUUCAAAAAGUCCAGCAUGUCAGACUUCCUCAUGUCUGCAGUGGACAAGGCCUUACAGAGUGAGAAUGGACACCUGGACCUUUUCCUCCGGUUCCUUCUGGGCCACUCACUGGAGUCCAAUCAGACUCUCUUACGAGGCCUACUGACCCAGACAGGAAGCAGCUCUUACAGCAAAGAGGAAACAGUCCAGUACAUCAAGGAGAAGAUCAGGGAGAAUCCCUCUCCAGAGAAAUCCAUCAAUCUGUUCCACUGUCUGAAUGAACUGAAUGACCAUUCUCUAGUGCAGGAAGUCCAGACAUACCUGAACAGAGGAGAAUACUUUCGUCUCAGUGGAGUGGAUCUCUCUCCUGCCCAGUGGUCAGCUCUGGUGUUUGUGUUGCUGAACUCAGAAGAGGAGCUGGAUGAGUUCAACCUGAAUAAAUAUGACCUAUCAGAUGAAUGUGUUCUGAAUCUGCUGCCAGUGAUCAAAGCUUCCAGGAGGGCUGUGCUGUAUAACUGUAAUAUCACAGCAAAAAACUGUACAGCUCUGUCCUCAGCUCUCAGCUCAAGCUCCUCCAGUCUGAGAGAACUGGACCUCAGUAACAAUAACCUGCAGGAUUCAGGAGUGGAGCUGCUCUCUGCUGGACUGGAGAAUCCACACUGUAAACUGGAGAAACUGGACCUUUGUGACUGUAAUCUGAAAGUGAAAAGCUGUGCAGCUCUGUCCUCAGCUCUCAGCUCAAACUCCUCAACCCUGAGAGAACUGGACCUCAGUUACAAUGAACUGCAGGAUUCAGGAGUGGAGCUGCUCUCUGCUGGACUGGAGAAUCCACACUGUAAACUGGAGAUAUUAAACCUGCGUGACUGUGAUCUCACAGAGAAAAGCUGUGCAGCUCUGUCCUCAGCUCUCAGUUCAAACUCAAGUCUGAGAGAACUGAACCUGAGAAAAAAUGAGCUGCAGGAUUCAGGAGUAGAGCUGCUCUCUGCUGGACUGGAGAAUCCACACUGUAAACUGGAGAAACUGGAACUGUUUGACUGUAAACUCACAGAGAAAAGCUGCGCAGCUCUAUCCUCAGCCCUCAGCUCAAGCUUAUCAUGUCUGAAGGAACUGAACCUGAAUGACAAUCAACUGCAGGACUCAGGAGUGGAGCUGCUCUCUGCUAGGCUGAAGAAUCUACACUGUAAACUGGAGAAAUUGAGGCUGUGUUGGUGUAAUCUCACAGAGAAAAGCUGUGCAGCUCUGUCCUUAGCUCUCAGCUCAAACCCAUCCAGUCUGAGAGAACUGGACCUCAGUUAUAAUGAACUGCAGGAUUCAGGAGUGGAGCUGCUCUCUGCUGGACUGGAGAAUCCACACUGUAAACUGGAAGUACUGAGGCUGUGUAACUGUAAUCUCACAGAGAGAGGCUGUGCAGCUCUGUCCUCAGCUCUCAGCUCAAACUCUGCUAGUCUGGUAGAACUGAAUAUGAGUGCCAAUAAACUGUGGGAUUCAGGAGUGGAGCUGCUCUCUGAUGGACUGAAGAAUCCACACUGUAAACUGGAGACACUAUGGCUGUAUAACUGCAGUAUUACAGGUGAUGGCUGUGCUGCUCUGGCUUCAGCUUUAAGAUCAAACCCCUCCUCUCACCUUAAAGAGCUGAACCUGAACUCCAAUAAACCAGGAAAUUCAGGAGUGAAGCUGCUCUCUGAUCUCCUGGAGGAUCCACACUGUAAACUGGAGAAAUUAGACAUCUGAACCCCAACCAGCUGAUCUGCUCUCACACACAGAGGGCUAUGAGGAGAGGAUGACGUCUUAGUACAAACACACACUAUUAAUGACAUCAUUUCCUGUACACCGGUGACUGCACCUUCAAUGACCCUUCCAUCAAACUCCUCACACUGGUGGACGACCCAUAGCAACCACAUGAGCUCAUCACUCUAAACCAGUGGAAACGCUAGCAGAGUUUCAUAAGUAAUCUUAAACACUGAGAUGAGUUUCUACAUUAUUUUAUCAGCACAGAGCACCUCCUGAAGAACAGCUCAGUGAUCUAUACUUAAAUAUAAUGCUAGUCUACUUAAACUACACAUUGAGUGCUCCUGGGAUACAUUAAAUGGAUCUAUUUAACUAUG